UGAUUGGGUUUGUUUGCCGCAAGCGUCAAAGUGCGUGCACGGAGAUGCAACGGACUGAAUAGAAAAAUAUUCAAUGCCGACAAUCUGGCGCCAAUUUACAGUUUUUCAUCGUACAAGUACACACCAACCGUAGAGAUGUCAGAUGUUGACGGUGAGCAUUCGCCGAUGAAUAUCAAUGUCUCACUCAUUUCUUUUAUCCCGAUCACCAUUACACGCUUGGAAAAUCUCUUUAAUCAGAGGCACGAAGAUUUCAGAGUUAUAAACCAUCAGCCAUUGUCUCAUGGUUCAUUCAACUUGCCACUAAUCUCAAAUCAAAUAAUCCAUUCCACAAUUUCACAUUAUUUCAUCUUCUUUUAUUUUCUCGAAACAAAUUCACCAGCAAUGAAGUCAGCCCCUUACAGCCCCUGACUUUCAAUGGAUAUAUCAAAAUCAUCGAGUUUAAGGUUCUGAAAAAAAAAAAAUUCUAUUUGAAGAAUGACUAGGAGAAUUGAGUAAUGGGAGAAAGCAGGACUCUUUGAUGUCAAACGAGCUGGAGAUCGAUGGAACUGCAUGCGAUCCCAUUGAAGCUGCAGAUAUAAAUGAAAACUGGAAGGAUGGGGAGGAGAAGAGCUCGAUAAUCUCUUUAAAAUUCGAUGAUGAUGAGUCCCAAUUAUCAACAGGAGACAUCUGCAGGAUUUGUCACAUGGGUGGUUUCCCAGCGGUGGCAGCUUCAGGUCCGUUGUGGGAGUGGCCGAAACAGCAGCCCCAGAGAAAUUACAGCCAGACAUCAACUAUUUCCUCAUACGCUUAUCUCGGACCCUUGAUAUCAGCCUGCAAGUGUCGUGGUACAGUUGCACUUGUUCAUGUGGAGUGCCUUGAGAGAUGGCUCACUGAGUCUGGUCACACCAGAUGCGAGCUCUGCGGCUACAAGUAUCUCACCAAGAAGGUACCAAGAUACGGCAUGUGCAAGAGCGCUUGGAUCUGGUUCAAUACAGUCAUCGCAACACGACAGGUUCUUCUUGAUUUUCUCUAUCUUCUGGUGACAACUCCCCUCGCUCUAUUCUCAAUUUACAUCUGUGCCCUUGCACUUCGUCUGAUCAUCGACAGCGGUUUCAACGAAAUACCUUGGAUGAUCGUGGCAAUGCUCCCCACCUGCUCCUUAACUCUCAUCGCCUACUGGAGUUGGUUGGUAACAUUAGGCAGGUACAUCAACAGGCUUCAUGGGAGACGUUGGCACAGAUUCUGGAGGGAUAAUUUCGUGGUGCGACUUCUCCCGGACAAUUCAACACACAGAAAUGACUCCGAUAUUUUUCUUCAGGAUAAUCACCUUGAUAAUUUCUUACAAAUAAAUUUCUAAUUGAAUUAAACUGUUUUAUCUAUCUCCAUCGGUCGCUUGGUAGAACAAAAGUGGAAGAUUAAUUUGAUGCUGAGUGGUGAAUUUUCAAUCGGUUAAGAGCGGAUGUUGUGCGUGAUUCGAGUAUCCUGGAUACGUUGAGAUACCAGGAGAGUUGUUGGAGUUACUGGUGAAUUCAAAUUAGCUCUGGUUAAGUGAACUUCAUCGUCAUGGUACAACGAUGAUAUACGCCUGACAAGCGGCACAAGUACACGAUGCUGGGCAUUAUCGCGCAUUAAAAUGUUAAGUGAUCGUAAGCCAUGGAAAUGAUCAUGGAGGUUCUCAAUCUCCUUUGGCCGUGAGGUGCCACCAGAUUUAUCACUUUUUCACGACUCUUUUACAUCAAUUCAAAUGGCAAUGGA